UUAUUAUUAUAUUCACAUUGGUAUCCUUUCGCUAAAAGCGGAGACAAGAAUUUGGUUCGCUCCCAGCAGUGACGUCGUGAAAGUGGGAGAGGAGUGAGCGGUCGACGUCGCCUGUCAAACAGUAGCAUCACAGCCAACAUGGCGGACUGGGACGCUGACAACUUCGAGCCGGAGGAGCCGACUCAAAAGGCGGCACAGCAGGACAAAUGGGAAGGCGAAGACGAAGAUGACGAUGUUAAAGACAACUGGGAUGAUGAGGAGGAAGAGGAGAAAAAAGUAGAUGUGAACAAAACUGAGGUUUCAAAGGUGUCUGAAAAGAAAAAGUUGAGUGAGAAGAUUAAAGAGAAAGAAAACCGUUUCAGGAAAAGACAACAGGAGCUAAAAGAAAAAGAAUUGGAAGUUCAGGAAAAUCUUACCCCCGAAGACCAGCUUGCAGAAAAGUUAAGGGUGCAGAAGCUGCAGGAAGAUGCUGACCUAGAGUUGGCAAAAGAUGCCUUCGGAGUUGGAAGCUCUUCAGUAGCUGGCAUUGAUGCGAUGUGUCCAUCUUCCAAAGAAGACUUCACAGAGUUUGAGAAAUUGCUGAAAGAAAAGCUAUCCCAGUUUGAAAAAUCAGUGCAUUAUUCAAGCUUCUUGGAUUCGUUGUUUCGGGAACUCUGUAUCGCACUGGAAGUGGAUGACUUGAAGAAAAUCAGUAAUUCCCUUUCGGUUCUACUUAGUGAAAAACAGAAACAAGAAAAGCAAAACAAAGGCAAGAAAAAGAAGAAAGGCGUCUUACCUGGCGGCGGUUUAAAAGCACAGAUGAGGGACGACCUGGACUAUGGAGGCUUUGACGGCGGCUACGCACAGGAGUAUGAGGACUUCAUGUGACACAGGCUACACGGCCACGUCACACGUCCCCAUCCAACCCUGAGUGAUGCAGCUCUACCUUCCUAUGCUGUCCAGUGCCAUUCUGGAAGAUCAGAACUUUGUGUUGCCCCUCUUCAUCAUGCUUCAGUGACUUCAGGGACUGUACUGGAAGCAUCCAGUCUCACCUUCUCUCUCUAUGUUUAAACAUAUGGAAUUGCCUUUUCUCUCACACUCUCUCUCAUCAUGCAUCCUGGACUCACAUGCACACUCGCAUCAUCAAGUUUAUCUGUUGGCUAACUUGCUUCAAGGGAGAAUAGUUUGUUCUUUGCUGUUGUCUCUUGUCAGGGCUCAUUUUCAAAGAAAUGUCGCUCCUGUCAGAGUAGCAGACACCGUUGCAGUUAUACAUGUAGGGACAUAGAAACAGAAGGUUCUAUGCAAAUUCUUAAACCAGAAUGUCAUGUAUAUAUUUUAGGUCUCACUUGUGGAUGGUUCUCUUACAGAUAAAGUAUAUAGUAUCUAUAAGCGGUUGCCAAAUACAAAGCAAUUAUUCAAUCUUUAUAAAUGGAGAGAUUUUAUUCUGGGGAAUGGAAACUGACGGAGCAUGUAAGUGGAAUAUGUUUAUUUACAGAAAGCACAGGACAUUUGAAAGAUGAUAAAAGGGAAAAAAAUAAGUAUAAAUGAAAAUUGACUUCAAAACCACCACAGCCAUUCUUUCAGUCGGUCUCUUGGAUGUCUUGGGGGAAAAAACAGACGUAAGAGUAUUAAUUGGAAUUUUUUUGUGCAUGACGAAUAUCAUUUGCUACCAACAUGAUUUAUACUAUCACCGAAAAGUGGAUUCUAGAAGUUGGGCGAACAUAUUUAAAAAUGGUCUCUAAUCACGACUUCUGCAGGCUUGUAUCAAGUGUGACGAGGAAAGGGGGAUUGAUUUCUGGGCUUCCCCCCCCCUACAGUGUCUUCAUAUGGGCUACAGCCAUUUGAGCGCGAUCUAUUUCUCUUUUUCUAGAAGUUGACCAGUUGCAAUGUUACAUUGAGAAUUGGGUACUGUGUUGACAUUAAGGCGUCUGCAGUGUUUUAUAAACAUCUAAUUUAAUAAAUCACUGGUCGAAACAAAACAAGGUGUGUUGUUUACAAGGGUGUCACGAGACAACUGCGUUCACGAUACGGUGCGCGAGAUUGUAUCCACAAGAACGAGAUGAGAUUUAACAUCACAUUUAACAUCAAAAAUUGACAAAUGUUAAAAUAUAUGCCAAUAUACAGUCGUCCCCUCCAAUGACACGUGAUUGCUGUUUGGUGGUAGACGAUGGUUUAUUAUUUGACAAAACAUUCAUAUUGAAAUGUAGAUGAUAUGUAGUAUUUUGGGCACUAAGCGAAAGGUAUGUUACAUGGAUGACGACCGACAUCCUUAUUGCAUUCGGUGAAGGAAGCCAUGGAUGCAGAGUGAAAAAGGUUCCUCCCAUUCCAUGUAGAAGUGGUCAAUUUGUGGAUUCUUUGUCCUCCUCCACUGUUUGAAACCUUAAGUUUAGAAGAAAUAAAUUUGAGGCUAACUGAUUAGCUCGGUAGCUAGAGGCCAUCAAGAGUCCCUGUAGCAUAACAGUUGUGCAAUCUGGUAUAAACAACGAAUAAUAGGAAUGUAAUAGUGACUACUGGGCUUUAAUGAUGUUUUAAAACAUGUAUUUAGAAAGUCCUAAACAUGUUUUCUAUGCUCUAACCACAAAAAUAUUCCAUUCCAGGUCUUGAAACAAUUAACCGCUAUAAACGAGGGAUGGCUGUAUUGCAAUCUAAUUUAAUUUCUACUACGUCACACUCUUCUGCACUCUGUAUGUAUGCUACCAGCCCCUCCUCCACCCACAGAGACAGACUAUGACUGACAAAAGGGCUCACUCCGUUCAUGCCAUUGUUCUAAGGAACAAACGCACCAAUGUGCUGAAAUCAAUGCACAGCGUGAACCCUCUUCCUGCAUCUUUGGAGAUGAGAGACAAAGAAAACAGACAUGCAUGCACAUAAUAUUGAGGCCAGCAAAAUUCUUGAGUUCAUUUUCAUUAAUUGUGUGAUGAAUUUCUUUAUCAUCAUCCAAGGCCCAGUGCCCACAAGACGUUUUUUUCUGAACGAGAAAUCACAUUUUAAUAUCGCGAGGGCUAAGUGACACCCCUAUUGUUUACAUCAGUGAAAUACUUUGAUG